GCUGUGAGUCUGUGACGUUGUGUGGUAUCCUAGGGAGGGGAUAGGAAGAAAGUGCUAAACAUUCAAAGCACAGAGAUAAGGCUUGACUUUCCAAACAGGCAGGUUAACAGUGUGAGUGUGUAGUCCUCCUUGCCAAGGAAGGAGAGGCACCAGGGACCAUGAGUGAGAAUGGCCCUCAUACGGAGGCGCCCAUGUACUUUGAGGUGGAGGUGGAUCACCUGGAGCGGGACGACGAAGAAGAAGAAGACAAGAUCCACUUUGACAAAGAUGAUGACUUGAUCGCUGAGCCUUCGUCGUCUUCUGGUCGGGUGUAUGACCGCACCACAGUGCUCAUUGAGCGGGAUCCCAUCCGGCUGGAUGAGGAGGGCGAAGAGGAGGGUCACUGUGGAGGGGACGAAGAUGGAGUAACCUUCUUGACUGAGGGGGAGGGUGAUGGAGAUGAGGAGGAGGGCUCUUUGGCCUUCAUGGCCGACCCUGAUGCCAUGUCACAGGGCUAUGUGCACCACACAAUUUCUGCAGACCAGAUCCAGUUCACAAUAAACCCAGGCUCCACCCCCAUGCCACGCAACAUAGAGGGGGCCACGCUCACCCUGCACUCUGAGUGCCCUGAGACCAAGCAGCGAGAGGUGAAGCGCUACCAGUGUAUGUUUGAGGGCUGCACAAGGACAUACAGUACGGCGGGGAACUUGCGAACACACCAGAAGACACACCGUGGCGAGUAUACAUUCGUUUGUAAUCAACAGGGCUGUGGAAAGGCCUUCCUCACUUCAUACAGUCUCAAGAUCCAUGUCCGUGUUCACACCAAGGAGAAGCCGUUUGAGUGUGAUGUGCAAGGCUGUGAGAAAGCCUUCAACACACUAUACAGACUAAAAGCACACCAGAGACUUCACACAGGCAAGACAUUCAACUGUGAAUCGGAGGGAUGCACAAAGUACUUUACCACGCUCAGCGACCUGAGGAAGCACAUUCGCACUCACACUGGGGAGAAACCAUUCCGGUGUGACCAUGAUGGCUGUGGCAAAGCUUUUGCUGCAAGUCAUCACCUAAAAACACAUGUACGGACUCACACAGGUGAGAAGCCAUUCAACUGUCCCAGUGACGGCUGUGAGAAGACUUUUAGCAGCCAGUACAGUCUGAAGAGUCACAUCCGGGGCCAUGACAAAGGACAGCCCUUUAGCGUCACCCUCACCCACCCGCUCUCUGAAGAUGCAAAUCACUCGCUGUGCCUCAGUGACUUGAGCCUCAUCUCUACAGACUCAGAGCUACGAGAGAACAUCCAUAAUGCUCAAAAUUUGGACCUCAACAAUGUGACACCUGUGAAAAUCUUUGAGCUCAUGUUCCAGAGUCCUGAAAAUAGUGUCAGCCAAGAUGAUGCCCAUCACAACGAGAGCCUUGCUGAACCCUUCUGCCUAGAGACCUCUACCCAGCCGGGAGUGACUGAUGCCUCGUCUCUCAUCUCUUUCUCUAUUAAUCCUACCUCCUCAUCUUCAUGUUCCCACACAACUGCAGUCAUGGAGGCUUCUUCCCAGCCCAGUCAGAGCUCUUCCUCUCAGGCCUCCACCUCUGCCUCUGUCACUGCGACUGUCAGCUCUGCACAGCCUCCCUCUUUCAUGCAACUAAGCGGGCCACAGCAGAUCUCCGAUGUGCCUGCUCAGGCUUCUGUCCAAGCACCAAACCAUGCCCCAUCCCAGCACUACGUGGCACUGCCACCCACAUUCCUGCAGCCGGACAGUGCCACCCAGACCACUCCUCUACCACCACCCAUCUCUGCUCCUCCCACAGUGGCUCCAGCGCUGACCACUGCAGCAUCAGGCACUGCUGCUGUGUCUGUUGUUGCAGCCACAACAGAUGCUCUGGCAGCUGUGGCUCAACCUGUGCCUUUGGCCACCAACCCUGUCGCUAACUCUGGCCCUGGUCUGGCUCCCACCCCUGCCACCAUCACCAUAGCACCCACCCAGAACCUGCUGCCGCCCAGCUUGGUCAUGUCUGAUCAGAACCUCCAGUGGAUCCUCAGCAGUGCUGCCAGCAGCCAGCAGAACCCAGAGCAAGCAUCACAUCAAGGAGCUCCAAAAGUGGAAAAAGUUUUCUUCACCACAGCCAUACCAGUUGGAGGAAAUGCUGGUAACUCAGUUCAGCAGAUCGGCCUCAGCCUGCCAGUCAUCAUCAUCAAACAGGAGGAAUCCUGCCAGUGCCAGUGUGCCUGCAGGGACUCGGCUAAAGAGAAGAGUUCAAAGAGUGCCUCCUCCAUCGUUUCAGCCCCAGCACAGCAGCACCCAUCGGAGCCCCCUCCUCCCCCACUAUCCCAGCCCUCAGAGCCUCCUCACCAUCCAGCUCCAGCAACUUCAUCCUCAUCAUGCUGUCUCCCCGAGUCUUCCUCUAAGGUGGGUGAGGUGAGCCUGGAGGCCCCCUCUUCUUCCUCCUCCUCAGCUCAGACUUUCUCCAGGAUAGUGAGCAACACUGCCACUACCAACCCUCCCCCAUCUGACGGGUUAGCCAAUAUGGACGUCUCGGACUUCCUCUCCCUGCAGAGCCCUGAGACAGCUGCCAACAUUGAGGCUCUGCUGCUCGUCGCGGAUGACUUCAACAUGGCCACUGAUGGCAAUCCUUAGAAGAGCUGCCUUCUGAGUCUGGCACCAUACGUUUUCUGUUGCACCUACUCAUCCACAGGCAUCGAUUCCACCCACAUCUCAAGUCACGCUCCUCUGUGACGCCUCGUCUUUCUUCCUAUAUAGUGUGUGCUCCGAACCCUCUGUACCUGCACUGCAUUCUGUUCUGUAUGGCAUUGUGCAACAUAUAUACACAAACUAUGAAUACUCUCUGUUGAGACUCAUUGCAGUAGUUGAGUUUUUAGAAACAGGAUUAGUUUGCUUAUUGAGAUUUAGCAAGGUUAAUGCUAAUUAAUGCAGGGAAAAGGCAGUAGAUCCUUUGUUAAAAACAUUAUCAAACUGUAUAUAACAACCUUUGACAUCCACUCUGAUUUGAAUGAAACAAGCGAGUGUUGUCCAAGCACUGAUAACUUAAGAGUUCCAUUUUCCUGGCUUGAAGGUCACACACCUGAGCAGGAAAACAAAACUUGUCUGUAUAUCCUUGUACUGUACCACAGGUCCUAACAAAUGCUUAAAGCUGGUAUGCAACUGACCAGAGUGCACUGUAUAUUAGAGGAAUUUGCUAUAAUUUUACCAAGCAUCGAUCCCAACAAGAAUUUGAAGGGGUUGGCCACAUAACUCCUCAUACAGCUGUCAUACAAGAUGAAGUGAUUUCCUCAGUAUUUUUGUUAUUCUAGUAAGACUAGUGUAGUCCAGAAAAUGUGAUGAUUCUUUUUUUUUUACUUCUUCUGACAGUUACUAAUUGAGAGAAAAACCUGUGAUCAAAUCUGCCUGUCUCUUUACGUGAAAUUAAGUCAAUACAUCAAUAAGUUGCCUAUAACUUAAACUAAUUUAAAAAUUGUACAUGUUAAUUUAUUUAAAUGCUUGAUUUUUUCGUUAUACUGGUAAUACUAUUAUCUUCAAGAUAAUCUCUAAGAAAAAUCUAUUAUUAAUUUAUUCCAAUCACUUGUUGUAUUUUUAAGUUGAGCUGUUUUUGUUACUGAAUUGCUUUCCUUUGAAGAACGUACUGGGUAUUGCUAAAAGCAAGUUUGAGAAAAGAGGCACCUAUAGUAGACUGCACAGUGAAGCAAAUUAUCCUCUAGGAUCUGCUUGUUUGCAAAAAGUGUCCACAAUGAAACCGUAAGGAACUACUGUCAACAUCCCAUGUUUUAUAGGGUUGUGACCCUCUCAGGGAUGCAUCAAGUCAUGACUGGUCCUGGUUCCCUUAAUUUGUUACUCAGACAUGCAUUUUCCUUACCAGAUGCCCCACACUUGCAGUAGCCCUACGUUUUUGCUGCACUCUUCCCUGUUUAUUGCACACUAACUUGUAAAGUGAGUAAUCUGACAGCUUGUUUGCUGAGGUGCAGCACCACUACCGACUUUUUGUAUACAACUGCUGUAAAGUAGCAUUUAAAAGAUGGUGUCCUGGCGACAGUGUAUAUACAGUACAUUUUAGUGUAAACCUCUUUGAGAAACUUGUAGAUUAUUCUAGAAUUUGUAUUUUUGUAUAGACUUUUGAAUUACUAACUCUCAGAGUUUGGAGCUAAUGUAUACCCCCUAUAUCCUUGCAUUCUUCUCCCAGCCACAUUUGUGCAGAGUAGUUUUGAGUUUUUGCUGUGUUUAGUUGAGUAGUUCUAUAAGCAGCUGGGCCUCUGUACAGUCCCCAUAGUAACAAAAUAUAUGUAACACAUCGCCCCCUGCUCAGAGUAUAAUUUAACAGUAUUGUUUCAUAUGGGACACAAUGCAAUGAUGAUAAAAGAGAAGGCAUUAUGCCCUGUAUAGUAGAGUGUAGAGCUACUUGGCCUUACAACAUUAACUGUUCUAUGAGCCUCCUUGCCUUGACAGUCUCUGCUACAGACUUGCCAUUGACAUGCCAACACCUUCAUCCUCAUUGAGUCUCAGGCAAUCACUUCCAGCAUGAGAUAUCACACAGGCAAAAAUCAGAGACAGAAAAGCUUGAUCUGUGUUGUUGUUUUCCAGCUGAAAUGUUUGGAAUGUCAUGAAUGGAUAUGCAGCAUUUCUAAAAAGAAUAUAUAUAAAAAUCACCUACAUAACAGAUGCAUUUUAGUUCCAGGUUGUAGGGAUCAACUGGCUUUUUUGUGCUAUAAUUUGCGGGAUUGGAGCUUUCCCUUCAUUCACUGGUGCCAAGAAGUUAGUUAGAUAUGUUGUUAAUGGCUCCAGUCACAUUUUGUGCUAAGAACCAUUCCACGUAUGCAGUAUUCGAUAUUGGGAGUGUCUAAAUCUGAAGUUUGCUCCAUUGAAUUGCAAAAUAUUGUAAUAAUUUACUCACCAUUUCCCUGUCAAGGCACUUAAUGAAAUUACUGCCAGGAGCCACGCUCAUUACCACCAAUAAAUACCAAUAAACAUUUGCAUACAUGCAUACCGUCAAUGAACACAACUAUGCAAUUUUCAGUGGCAUUCACACAUUUAAAUACUGACUCCCAAGACAAAAAAAAAAGGUUAUUCCUCCCUCCAUGACAUAUUCUGCUACAACCGUAUAUGCAGAACUCCAGUGGCAAAAGUUACCUUUCCAGUGCAUACGUUAAGCAUGCUUCUUGAUCUCCAGUGUAUUGCAUUUCAUAUUUCACAUUUAGCAUGGUGUGAAUUUGGACUUUGUAGUGUGUCCAAGUACUGUUCCCAUGAAUGUUGCACCACAUCUAUCCCUUAUACAUGUUUUGCCUCCGAGGUAACUGGUUUAAAAACCAACUGGAUUUGUUUGAAGGAGUACUUAGUGAAUGAAUGAUUCUGUUUUAAGAAUUAUUUUUGGUCAAAUGCAAGCAGCUUUUCCUUUUAUUUUUACACUAUAUGGGUACAUGUUUCAUUUUGGGCUCACUCCAAUUUCUGUAAUCAUCUCAGCCUUUCACAUAUUUAAAUUUGACAUGUGGAUAAUUUGUUGGCUUAUCUUCACCAAUGAAAGUCAAACUUUACAGCUGAAGUUUACCUGAAACUGUAACAUCAGCAAAUCACUGAUGGUGACAUUUGUUUGGAAGCAGAUUGUUUGCUCACAAAUGCAUAGCCUCAGUGUUUUUGGAAAUUGAGAUGCAGAAUUUCUGCCAUCUCCAACAUUUUUCCAAAUGGGCAAUAUUUAAAAGAGAGAGAGAGGAAACUAUAUGCUUCCAAAGGAAUGUCUUGACACCCAAAGAGUGAGGAAUUGUUAAGGAUUUGUAUUUUUUAAAAGAAUGUAUAAUGUGAAAAUGUUUGCUUAUGCUUGUUUCGUAUAAAGUAAUAUGAUAAAUAACUUUCUGAAUUGAGAGCAAUAUAAUACUAAUAAAACCUUAUCCUUGUCACUGAA